GAAAGCUGGGAUAUGGAAUCAUCUGACGAAGAAAAAAAAAAACCAAUUACUCCAGCACCACCACCAAAAAAGAAAAAAUCAGUUGCGCAAGUAAUUGCCGAACGAGAGGAAUUAAAAAGAAAAGCCGCUGAACAAAUAGUGAGAAUAGUAAUUUAUCGAUUGAAGAUUGAUCUGUUUAAAUUUAACAUAAAUUUAAUAGUCUCUUCUGUAAUUGAUGCUGACUUGGAAAAUGCCGAGGGAAUGUUUCAAGGAUUAACCAUAAGAGAAACCGAAGACGCUCCUUCAAAAAAGAUAACCCCCAAGACCAAGGAUCCCAAAAUAAUGGAUCCCAUGACAAAGGAUCCCAAGACAAAAGAAGAAUUCGAAGAAUUCACCAAAGUUUUAGUUGACCAAAUUCGAAAACAUGAGAAACAAGGCUUGUAUGUCAACUUUAUUAAUGACUUUAUACGUGAACUUUGUGCUCCCCUUAGAGAUGUUGAUGUACGUAAAUUUGCAAGUAAACUUAAACCUGCUCUUCAAACUGAAAAGUUUGAUCUGUAUGAUACAACGGAUUAUGGAAAUUAUGAUGAUUUCGAUGAUUUCAUGUAA